ACCUGCCUACCGCCCCUUGCGCGGUCGCACUUACCUGUGUCGGCACGAGCGGACGGUAACUAGCAGUAGGCUGACCCAGAACCUCUUUCGUUUACGUGUAGCACGUAAGCGAGGGGCGAUUGCAACACCUCCCACUCCGCCCGCCGAGAUUGGCAGCUGGCGCGGCCAAUCCGGCCACCGGUACUCUGUAAGGGCGAAGGUUUCUGUUCCCCUCUCGCUACAGAAUGAUGGUGUGUGUUCCGUAGGGCAGUACUAAUUCUACCCGCCCCAUUAGGGGCAUGGAGGGCUAAGGGGUUCUGGGGCUGCCCCAUGGAGUUGUGCUGUUGCAGGGUAGAAAGAAACCCACUGCAGAGCUACGCGCGUCCCCCCAGAGUGGCGCUGCCGGUGUUACCUUCCCCUCGCCGACGGGAGAUUGGGCAGGAAGAGGAGUCAAGUGGCCUUCCGGUCCGCCUGGGGUUUGGCGGCCUGUGGGGAACUGGGCGGUCACCCCCUACUCCUAGGCCGAGGAAGCUGGUGGCGUCUCUCUACAGACCCCAUGGCUCUCAUCUGCCUGAGGGGCAGAAACUAACCCUGUGUUUUUCCGAUCCCUUCCCCUUGCGGGCAGCGUUGGAAGUUCAUCCCACGGCCACCUAUGAAGGAGAAGGAGGUCUGACCGCCUCCAGGCCAGGGGCCAGCUGCGUGGUUGCGUGGCAGCAGCUGCACAGGAUUGGCCAAUGAUGCCCCAUGGGCACCACACUAGACUGUGUUAUGUUUCUGUACUGAUUGGCACCUGUUAAUUUAGUCUGGGCUAGUUCACCUUGCCCUUAAUCCCUGCGAAGACCUGUUGGAAACACCUUCUAGAAACAAUCUUUUUCAGUGUCUUAAUAAAUUCUGUUGUGUCCAAGAAGAGCCUGUCCAAAUGAGCAAGACAUCCCAACAGAACACCACUGCAGAUGCAAACGGAGUAAGUGUGAUUCACACUCAAGCACACACCAGUGAUUUGCAGCAGGUUCCCCAGCUGGUGCCUGUUAGUCCUGGUGGUGGAGGCAAAGCUGUGCCUCCGAGUAAACAGGGAAAGAAAAAUUCCUUUGUGGAUAGAAACAGUAAUGAGUAUCGUCAGCGAAGAGAGCGAAACAACAUGGCAGUGAAAAAGAGCCGGUUAAAAAGCAAGCAGAAAGCACAAGACACGCUGCAAAAAGUCAACCAGCUAAAACAUGAAAAUGAACGUUUAGAGGCAAAAAUUAAACUCCUGACCAAGGAGCUGAGCGUACUGAAAGACUUGUUCCUUGAGCAUGCGCACAACCUUGCAGACAAUGUGCAAACUGUUGGCACUGAAACCACCACAACAUAUCCAGAAAACAGUGGACAGUAGACACUGUUGCAACAUUAAGAAAUGAACUCUCAAGAUGCAGCUUAUCUGCAAUGCCCAUGCAGUAGCCAAGCAAAAACUCUGUUCUUUGAACCAUCAUUUUGUGGUGAUUUUCUUCUUUUUAAGUUUAAAACUGAAGAAUUGAUACAAUUAAAUGAGAAACUGCUUAGGGUAUUCAUUUUAAGUAUUUUUCUCCUCUAGAAGAUGUAUUUGAUAAAUGCAGAUCUAAAUUCAUAGUCAACAAGGAGCUUAGUAUUAGGGAAGUAGCAUUUUCACAGAAAUGUUUGCUUACUUACCUUCUUAUAGUUUGCAUAAUGGGAGGAAUCCAGCAGGAUGGUUCACUGUAGCAUCAGAAACUCAUAAUUGGAUAAAAUGUCUUUUAAAUAACUUAGAGUAUUUAGGACCUUUGUUUUCCCCCUUGCAUAUUACCGAACUGCAAAGGCUGUGGAGGGUGUUUGGUUUCCUGUGUGGUGGACAACUUUAAAUCAGUAAAGCAAGUCCUAUAACACACCACUUAGGUCUUUCCUGUCCUCUUAUAGUUAAUGGGAAGGGUGUGUAGUAAUAAUGAGCUGGGACGCUUACUGAUGUUUUCUAGAAAAUUAGCUAUAUAUUUAGGUGAUCUUGCCCCUCUGCUCUCGUGAGACCCCACUUGGAGUACUGUGUGCAGUUCUGGCAUCCUCAACACAAGAAGGACAUGGAGCUGUUGGAGCAAGUCCA